AUGUCUUUCGCUAUAGAUCCUUUGAGAGAUCAAGAGCCUCUACCAGAAUACGAGCAUCCAUCUGAGACGCGAUGUCCACUGAAAUUUGCAGAUAUCGCGACCAUCGAUCUUGCAGAGUACGAUCGCCCAGGAGGUAGGGAAAGACUAGCGCAGCAACUAAAGCAGCAUGUGCAUAACGUUGGAGAAGGCUUCUUUUACAUUACCAACAUUGGCCUCUCUCAAGCCGAGAUCGACCUACAAUUUGCCAUCGCCAAAAGGUUUUUUGAACUUCCCAAAGAAGAGCGUCUCAAACACCGUGCUCCUUUAGAGAGAGGCAGCUAUAAUGGUUAUCGGCCCCUAGGAGCACUCAGCCUCUUCCCUGGAAUGCAGGACACCUUGGAAUUCUACAGCAUCUUCAAAUUCAUUCCCUCGAGUGAACGAUCGCACCCUCAUAUCGUUCGCCGAUACUUCAAACAAAUUGAAAGCUUCUCCAGGCACAUGCACGAGAAUGUUUCUUUCAAAGUUCUGCGUGUACUUGCACUCAUGCUUGAAUUACCCGAAGACCAAUUUGUCAACGGAAACCGCUACGAGGAUGAAUGCGACAGCUCUAUACGAUACAUGCUUUACCAUCCACGGUCACAGAAGGAGAACAAGACCUUUGAUGACGUGUAUUUUCGGGGACAUACCGACAAAGGAACCAUGACGUUUAUGUUCCAGCAGCCAAUAUCAGGAUUGCAGACUCAGCAUUCGAAAGAAUCAGACUGGGAGUAUCUGCAUAUUCCUGCAGGAUCAGUUGCAGUCAAUAUUGGCGAUACACUUCAAUUUCUUACGAAUGGGUAUUUGAAAAGUGGAUUCCAUCGGGUGAUAGCGCCACCCAGUGAUCAAGUACAUCUCAGUCGACUCGGGUUGCUGUACUUUGUACGACCCACUGAUAAGUUGCCAUGGAGGACACUUGACAGUCCUUUCCUGCAGAGGGCUGGGUAUGGGAAGACUACAACGGAGAGAGAUCAGGAUAUCUCUGGACUGGAUUGGUGGAGAGCUGGGGUUAGGACAAGGAAAGGUGCGAACUACAUGAGUUCUGCGGCUAGUACGGUAUAA